UGCUGGUUAAUCAAUGUGGUGCAAAGCUUUCUUCUGCCGACUAUUUUUUUAUCGAGUGUCUUCUGCACUCGAUACAUGUGAUCGUAAUCGUUGAUAAGGCUUAGUCGAAUAAAAGAUAACGCAUGAAUUGUCAUUGAACGAGAAUAUAAAGUAGGACUUAAAUUAAAUAAUCGACUUAAGCAAAUAAAUGUCGAAUGUUGUUCCAGAAAAAUGCAGUACCUUCUACCACUAGUUUUAGUAGUUUUAAUAAUACAGACGUCGGUCGCACCGCCUGUCGAAAAGAAGAAGAAGGAGGAGGAUCACAAUGACAAGGAGAACGAAGUCGAUGACUCCGAAGAUUUGGGAAACGCGGAGUAUCAAAUGGAGUAUCAUCGGUACUUGAAGGAAGUGGUCCAGGCUUUGGAAAGUGACCCGGAGUUCCGCGAAAAGUUGGAAAAGGCCCAUGAAGACGAUAUACGUACGGGCAAGAUAGCGCACGAGCUCCAGUUCGUAGAUCAUAAGGUCAGAACGAAGCUCGAUGAAUUGAAACGAGAGGAAUUGGAGAGGCUGCGACAUCUCGCCACCAAGGAGCAUAAUCUGAUCAACGGUCUGGACAUGGACCACUUAAAGAUAGCGGAACAUUUGGAUCACUCUAAUACGCAUACGUUCGAGAUAGAUGAUUUGAAGAAAUUGAUCGCCAAGACGACGAAAGACUUGGCGGACGCCGAUAAAAGAAGACGUCAGCAAUUUAAAGAAUACGAGAUGGAAAAGAAAUUCGAGGAGGAGCAAAAGAUGAAGGGUAAUACCGGUCUGAAGGAGGAAGAGAAGAAGAAGUACGAGGAAGAAUUGGAAGCGAUGAAGAAGAAGCACAAGGAUCACAAACCCUUGCAUCAUCCCGGUAGUAAGCAACAAUUGGAGGAAGUAUGGGAGAAGCAAGAUCAUAUGGAGGAUCAGGAAUUUAAUCCCAAGACGUUCUUUUACCUUCAUGAUCUGGAUGGCAAUGGUUUCUGGGAUCAAGACGAGGUAAAGGCUCUGUUCUUGAAGGAAUUGGAUAAACUUUACAAUGAAGGCGCGCCUGAAGAUGACAUCUACGAAAGACGGGAAGAAAUGGAAAGAAUGAGAGAACACGUGUUUAAUGAGGCCGAUCUUAAUCACGACGGUCUCAUAAGUUAUCAAGAAUUUUUAGAACAAACGAAGAAACCCGAUUUCCAGCAGGAUGAAGGAUGGCAAGGAUUGGAUGAGCAACAAAUUUAUUCUCAACAAGAGUAUGAAGCUUUCCAGAGGCACAGACAGGAAGAAAUCCAGAAAAUGAUCGCCAAGGGAAUGUUACCACCACCCCCUGACACUGCACAUCUACCUGUCCAACAUGAGCAGUUCCCACCACAGUACCAACAACAAUACGAGCCCCAGUAUCAUAAUCCGCAGCAAGUGGAUCCUUCGCAAAAAGUCGAGGUGCGGUAUCACGGGCUUCCAGGACAGAUACCGCAAUACCAGGAACAACCCUAUCAACCUCAAGUUCCACCGCCUCAGCAACAUUAUCCUGGUCAGAUUCCGCAGCAGCAACAGUACCAGGGACAACAGCCGCAGUAUCAAGUACCAGUACCGCAACAGCCUCAGUUCCAACCUCAGGGCCAACCUCAGCAAGCACAGCAACAAUUCCAAGGCCAGCCUCAGCAGGUCCAACAACAGAUUCACAAUCAGCCUCAACAGGUCCAACAACAGACUCAGAACCAGCCUCAGCAAGCCCAACAACAGAUUCACAAUCAGCCUCAACAGGUCCAACAACAGACCCAGAACCAGCCUCAGCAAGCUCAGCAGCAAACACAACAGCAGCAAAUGCAGAAUCAAGUGCCACAAAAUACUCAGAGUAACGUUCCGUCGAGCAGCCAAGGUGCUGCACAAGUCAGCCACAAUCUUCUACAGCAACAAGAUCCGAAGCUUGUUAAACAACAAAUCAACCAGAACAUUGUACCGAAUAUGUAGACAGUGUAGCUAACGCGAUGUGAUGAUCGAAUAGUUAAUAAAAAUGUUUUUAGUUAAUUUUUUUUUCUAAAUCGUGGACCAGUAAAAAUAUUGGACAAAGUUCUAUGGUUCUCGAUUUAAAAAGGCUAUAUGAGACUCUUAAAAAAAAUUUAAUUUCAGAGAAGUGCAAGCGAAAUAUAGUAUUUACAUGUUUAUUUAUGCCAGAAAUACUGAUAAUAAUUUUACUUUUGUAAUUAUUUUAAGGCUUCUGUCGUGGCAUCAGCCAUAUUCAGUUACGAUAUUGGAAGCAAAAAAUCAUUUAAACUCUUUUUCUUGCAAAUAUAUAAAUAUAAUAUAAAUUAAUUCUAUUAAUUAAAAGGAUAUACCCUGAAGUGAAGAUAAAAUUUCCACGCAAUAUUAAGUUAGCCGCUGCGAUAAAACAGUUAAUAUUUUUAUGCAUUUGCUCAACAAGCAGGCUAGUAGUUGCUUUGGCGACAUGAACGUGUUCCUUGAUAUAUUAUAUUUCAUUAAUUUAUGCUGUGGACACAGUAUACAUAUAUGUAUGUAUGUAUAACAAGAAAUGAUUUACAUGGUUUUUUCGUUUCAUGACUCAAUGUGGUUGUAGCUAGGAAAGAGCCCUAAUUAUUACAUGUGCAAUAUACUGUUGAAUUUUUUUUGUAACUCAGAAUUAAUUCAACAAAUUGCUAAGACCGAUAAUGUUUAUCAUUGUUUUUAGCGAACUAUUUCUUUACUAAUAUUGCGAUCAUAUUGUAUAAAAUGUCUCAUUGCUAAAUAAAUGUUUUCCGAAAAAUGUA